AUGAAAACACACCAUCAUUCAAUGAUGAUUCUCUGUCUUUUUAUUUUAGUUUGGAUAUUUCAAUAUUUUUGCUAUAUGAGCUUUGAAAUUAAAGAAAACAAUUUAAAGAAGGUAUCACAGCUCAGAAUUGGAAGAUUAUUAGCAGAAGCACAGUCAUGUUUGUUGACUACAGAAACCAGAUACCUAUGCAGAAGUGGGGAAAAUUUGACAACAUGGCUUGAAUCAUUGCAAGGUGAUUUACUUACGCAGAUAGAAAAAAAUCAAAAUAAUUUCACGUGUAAUAAUACUGAUAGUUUGAUUAAUUGGAUGAGUAAUAAAACUAUGGAAAUGGCAUUUUCAUUAAAUCGUAAUUCAGAUAUUAAAGAUAAGGGCAUAUUAAACAAUGCUUGGAGUGUUUGGAAAUAUUUAAAAGACAUUGUUAAUGAUUAUUUUUCUUAUAUCCUAGAUAAUUUUUCUUGUAAAAUUACAAGGGAAAAUAUCAAUAACAUUACUGAUUGGAUGUAUAAUAGAAGUAGGUUGGUUAUAAAAGAUUUGAAUUUAAAUUCAGAUAUUGGGAAAAAAAAAUUUUUAAAUGAUACUUUGAGCGUUUGGAGACAAAUGACAAAUGCAAUUACAAAUUUUACAAUGGAAUCAUUUACUAACUAUACUAUGUCAACUGAUCAAACUAAAAAUAGUAGUGAUUUAUUGACUACACCUGUCUUGCCAACCACAUCUGAUUCAUUAUCCACAAGUUCAUCAUUAAUAACAGGGACUUUAUCUAAUAUUUCAAGCAAUAUUUCUUUGAAUGCUUCUAUAGAUGAAAUAGAAACUACACCAAUAGGUAAAGUUAUAACUAAAAUUUUAGGUGAUAUAAGUACAUUACCGCCUAGAACUGAGAUUAGUACAAAUGAUGCGUGUUCAGAAUUUUUAUGUGGAUCAACAGCUUCUAUUAGUAUAUCUGUUCCUCUUGUUGUUAUCGGAGGAGUAUUAUUCCUUACUUUACUUUAUAAAUAUACUCGUAUUGGAUCGUUACUAGGAAGGGGUAAUCUACAAAAAGAAAAAGGAAGAAAAAGAUUACGUGAAACUUCAUUGGAUAACAUUGAAGAUCCAUCUGAAAGUUCAAUGGAAAAAGAAGAAAUGAAACCAAAGAGAAGUAGAUUAAAUAGUUUUCUUAGAGCAUUUGGACAUAAAUAUAGAAAUAUAUUUCCUUAUAUAGAUGAAAAUAGAUAG